AUGGGUCAGCAUCCAGCGAGAGCGCAAAACAUGUCGAGCUACCAGUCGCUGCCGCCCGAGGAGAGGGGGGACAACAAGAUGGAGCCCAUGAUGAACCUGCCGGCUCCGCCGGUGCCCAAGAAGUCGACCGUGGAGCCCAAGACCACCACGACGUUCGACAAGGCGAGUGGGCUGCCCCCGAAACCGGACAACUACGAUGUGAAGAGGCCUGCGGGACAGUAG